ACUUCGCCUCGCGGCUCCGCUUCCCAUCACCGCCCCCUGCUCCUUCCCGGCGUCUGCGAUCUUCCCAGGCACCCGGUGUGAGUGCGGCGUGCGUGUGAGUGUGUGUCACGGUAUCGUGUUGUGUGUGUGUGUGUGUGUGAGUGUGUGUGUGUGUGCAUGAGCGUGUGGAGUGCGGGGCUCCUGCGCUCCGCUCGCGGCCGCCGCCGGGGAAGGACAGACGGACGGCGCUUCUUCCUUCGGCGAGCGGUUCCCGGGCACCUCGGCUCGGCCCGGCCGCGAGUGGAGCGCGCCUGGCUGGCCGCCGGCCUCCGGAAGGUCCCGCCGCGUCCCCCCUGGGCUGGAUAUGUUCAUGUUCACGUGAAGAUGGAUUUACUGUACGGUCUCGUGUGGCUGCUGACAGUCCUCCUGGAGGGGAUCUCUGGCCAAGGAGUGUACGCUCCUCCCACGGUUCGUAUUGUGCACUCAGGCUUGGCCUGUAACAUUGAAGAGGAGCGCUACUCCGAAAGGGUCUACACUAUCCGGGAAGGAGAAACCCUCGAGUUGACUUGUCUAGUCACAGGACAUCCACGUCCACAGAUCAGGUGGACCAAAACAGCAGGAAGUGCCUCUGACAGAUUCCAAGACUCAAGUGUCUUCAAUGAGACUUUGAGGAUUACAAAUAUUCAGCGACAUCAAGGAGGCCGGUAUUACUGUAAAGCAGAGAAUGGCUUGGGGUCUCCAGCGAUAAAGUCAAUCAGAGUGGAUGUAUACUAUUUGGAUGAUCCAGUAGUAACUGUUCAUCAAAGUAUAGGCGAAGCUAAAGAACAAUUUUACUAUGAGAGAACAGUGUUCCUCCGGUGUGUUGCCAAUUCCAAUCCUCCUGUUCGGUAUAGCUGGAGACGUGGCCAGGAGGUCUUGCUGCAAGGAUCUGAUAAAGGAGUUGAGAUUUAUGAACCAUUCUUUACCCAGGGUGAAACAAAGAUCUUAAAACUGAAGAAUCUUCGACCUCAGGACUAUGCUAAUUAUAGCUGCAUUGCUUCAGUGAGGAAUGUAUGUAAUAUUCCAGAUAAGAUGGUGUCAUUUAGACUGUCCAAUAAAACAGCAUCACCGUCAAUUAAACUCUUGGUGGAUGACCCUAUAGUUGUAAAUCCUGGAGAGGCCAUAACAUUAGUAUGUGUUACGACAGGAGGAGAGCCUGCACCUUCUCUCACCUGGGUCAGGUCCUUUGGGACUCUGCCUGAAAAGACUGUUUUGAAUGGAGGAACUUUGACCAUACCUGCCAUCACCUCAGAUGAUGCUGGUACUUACAGCUGCAUUGCCAAUAAUAAUGUGGGAAACCCUGCGAAAAAGUCCACCAACAUCAUUGUGAGAGCAUUAAAAAAAGGACGAUUUUGGAUCACACCAGAUCCUUAUCACAAAGAUGACAACAUCCAGAUUGGCCGUGAGGUGAAAAUAUCUUGCCAGGUAGAAGCUGUUCCUUCUGAGGAGCUAACAUUUGGUUGGUUUAAAAAUGGUCGUCCAUUAAGAAGUUCUGAGCGGAUGGUCAUUACACAGACUGAUCCUGAUGUCUCUCCGGGAACAACAAACUUGGACAUCAUUGAUUUAAAAUUCACGGAUUUUGGGACGUACACAUGUGUAGCAUCUCUGAAGGGAGGAGGAAUAUCUGAUAUCAGUAUCGAUGUUAAUAUAUCCAGCAGCACAGUUCCACCCAAUCUGACUGUUCCACAGGAAAAAUCACCACUGGUAACCAGGGAAGGAGACACAAUAGAACUGCAAUGUCAAGUAACUGGCAAACCUAAACCAAUCAUCCUUUGGUCUAGAGCGGAUAAAGAAGUUGCAAUGCCUGAUGGAUCAAUGCAAAUGGAGAGUUAUGAUGGAACACUGAGGAUCGUGAAUGUAUCUAGGGAAAUGUCAGGAAUGUACAGAUGUCAGACCAGCCAAUACAAUGGAUUUAAUGUGAAACCAAGGGAAGCCUUGGUGCAGCUCAUCGUUCAGUAUCCCCCUGCAGUGGAACCAGCAUUCUUGGAAAUCCGGCAAGGACAGGAUCGAAGUGUCACUAUGAGCUGCAGAGUACUGAGAGCCUAUCCAAUACGGGUGCUGACCUACGAGUGGCGCUUGGGCAAUAAAUUAUUACGGACGGGUCAAUUUGACUCUCAGGAAUACACAGAGUACCCUGUGAAGAGUCUUUCCAAUGAAAACUAUGGGGUUUAUAACUGUAGCAUCAUAAAUGAAGCUGGAGCUGGGAGAUGCAGCUUUCUUGUUACAGGAAAGGCCUAUGCUCCAGAAUUCUAUUAUGAUACCUACAAUCCAGUAUGGCAGAACAGACACCGUGUUUAUUCUUACAGUCUACAGUGGACACAGAUGAAUCCUGAUGCAGUGGAUCGGAUUGUGGCAUACCGGUUGGGUAUCAGGCAGGCUGGACAGCAGCGUUGGUGGGAGCAGGAGAUUAAAAUAAAUGGGAAUAUUCAAAAGGGAGAAUUAAUUACAUAUAACUUGACAGAGCUAAUUAAACCAGAAGCUUAUGAAGUCCGACUGACUCCUCUCACCAAAUUUGGUGAAGGAGAUUCAACAAUUCGUGUGAUCAAAUAUAGUGCUCCUGUAAAUCCUCAUUUGAGAGAAUUUCAUUGUGGAUUUGAGGAUGGUAAUAUUUGUUUGUUCACUCAAGAUGAUACAGAUAAUUUUGACUGGACAAAACAAAGUACAGCAACAAGAAAUACAAAGUAUACUCCUAAUACAGGACCUAAUGCUGACCGCAGUGGCUCCAAAGAAGGUUUUUAUAUGUACAUUGAGACAUCACGACCCAGAUUGGAAGGCGAAAAGGCGCGACUUCUCAGCCCUGUUUUCAGCAUAGCUCCCAAAAACCCUUACGGACCCACAAACACUGCAUAUUGUUUCAGCUUCUUUUAUCACAUGUAUGGACAACAUAUAGGUGUCUUAAAUGUUUAUCUACGUUUGAAAGGGCAAACAACAAUAGAGAAUCCACUGUGGUCUUCAAGUGGGAAUAAAGGACAAAGAUGGAAUGAGGCUCAUGUUAAUAUAUACCCAAUUACUUCAUUUCAGCUCAUUUUUGAAGGUAUUCGAGGUCCUGGAAUAGAAGGUGACAUUGCUAUUGAUGAUGUAUCAAUUGCAGAAGGAGAAUGUGCAAAACAAGAUCUAGCAACUAAGAAUGAAUGUGAAGAACAAAGGGGCAAUCAGAAGAAGUGCAAAGCAAUCAGACUUAUUGAGAUGGUAAUAAAAUGUGUAUCUCAAGUGGGUUCUGGAUCAUUCACGUAAACCAACAAACAAUUUGAAUCAAUGUUUUUCACUACAGAUCAUAUGUUCAGUUGCUUUAAUUGAAAGUAAAUGGAUAAAAUGCAGAAAUUUUAAAAGAUUGGGAUAAGUGAAAUGUAAAUUUUUUAAGUAGCCUCUUCUUUAAUAUUAGUAAAAAUAAUGAAACUUUUAAAACACUCAUUUAGCAACUGCCUUCCUUUUCCUAAUUUUUUUGUAUUUAUUAUGAACUGGACUCACCAACAUAUUUUUCCUUUUCCAUUUUGAUAACACAUUUAAAGUGUAAUUGAUGCCAAUAUUUUUUGUUCUUUUAUAGAGAGGCACCAGGCAAUGGAGUUUUUAAUGUUGUGGAAGAAAGAAUAUACCAUGUAAUCUCUUACUGCCAGUAAUUGAUCCUAAUUACUUUGGAGUAUUAUUCUAUUUCAUGAGUUCAAGAAUGCUUGUCUCUCUAGGUGUUAACAUCUCUGCAAUUGGGCCUAUUUUAAUUGCAAUUGGCAGCCUUUCUUUGUAGUGAUAUAUAAAAUGCAUCAUAGAUAUAAUGAAAUUCACUAAAGUCACUAACAUUGCCAGAAGUGCCAAACAAUGCCUAAUAUUACUACUUUUCAACAAACCCUGAACUGAGAAGAAAACACCCAACCAUAUUUGUGAGAUUGACAUCAAAUGCUCAUUGACUAUGCAGUAUUGGAAAAGAAUGUAAUUUUUAUUUUGUCCGUUUUAAAAAUCUGAGUCCUCUCUUAAGUACAUUAUAUACAUACCUAGGUACACUCUUUUUUUUUCCCUGCUGCGUGUUUUUUAAUUCUACCACAAAUCACAAUAUGCUAUAUAUCCCUGUUUAAAAUGUUUCCUCCUUCCGUGUUAUUCACAGUACUUUGUCCCAAGUUUGGCCUGCCAUUAACUUUUCUUUAAGAGAUUUGAAAGAUGCAUGGUACACCACAAUGUCAUGCAAUCGGCUAAACUAAAGGUAUUUCAUUUCACACAUAUCACAGAAUUGACUUCGGCAUGGCAAUGAAUUAUGAUAAUUAUAAUACUGAGAAUUACAACCCAGCUAGUCAGUUACAUCAUGUAAUAGAGUAAAAGCAAUUCAAUUCUUUUGUAUUUUAAAAUAUGAUGAAAUACAAAUUACAACUGUAUUAACUUUUCACCAAACAUGCAUUUUUAUUUUAAAAACUUUAUAAUAAACAUAUAUGUCAAUAAAAUGUGUAACUUGAAGAACAAUUAAUUCAUUUAGUUAUGUAAUUAAGACUGUAUGAACCUGGCUGUGGUGUUGUACAUGAUCAAUUUUUCUUUGCUCUGAUUAGUGAUUUGAAAGAUGGUGAUGGAAUAAUCUGAUUUUUAUAGACUGUUUUCCAAGUAUUCUUGUGAAUGCGUAUUAUUUACCACAAAACUUUUUUUUUUUAACGUGCCUUUCAAAGAUCAGGGCCAAUCAACAGACAUUUAAGCUGGAAAAUCUUUACCCCAAAUUAAUUUGCUUCUUGGUUGAUGACUACGUUUUACUAAUUGUUUCAUCUGUGUCUCACCAAAGCAGAAGGUACACUCUUCUUGCAACUGGGUAGUUGACGUCAAUGAGGAGUUAUUGCAUUUUCUGUGAAAACAAUAAAAUCAUAGGGUUCAAUCGCAAGCUAUUUCCUUUCCUACAGUGUUCCCUUUGUGGCUAACUAGUUUAUUAGUUUUCUUAGUGCUCAUUUUUAAAAAGCAAUGUCUAGCAUUUUCUACAUCUGUGUAGGAGAAAAGCUACCACAGAAUGAUCGGAACUUUUUUCAAAUCUAAUAUAAAAUGUUCUUUGCCGAAUAUCCACAAUAUUUAUCAGUAAAUAUGUAUGUUGUUAUUACAUAGAAAAAGAAAGACUAAAGACUUGAAAUCUGUAUGUGAACUAUGUCGGUUCUGAAUCAAUCCAUAUGUUCAUGUCUGCUUAGAAAAAGAAGCGAGGCUUAGAGAGGGAGAAAUAUUCCAUAUAUUUGUAUAUGGAUGACUUUAUUAACAUAUUAAUUUAAAGCUUAAUAAAUUAUGAGUGGUGAUAUCACUACCCUGAACCUACAUUGAAUAUAUUGAAAUUAGGGAACUGGAAUCCAAAAUGUUGAGUAGGGCAGAGGUUAAACCCUGGGUAGAAACUGAAAUAGUUUUCUCAAGGAAAUAUUUACAACUGAUUGAAUUUAAUUUCAAUUGUACUAAUUUUCCAUAAGUUGAGCUAAAGUGUAUUCUUAUUUUUCAAUAAAACAAUGGGAAAUUCUAUAAAAUAGGGAUUAACUUGUUAGUUUCAGUUCGUUUUUGUAUGGCUCUUAAUUGUUGUCCUGGGUUUCCAGGAUAUCAUUUUUAUUUCUUGAGUCUCAGCAAUAUAUUUACAUGUGUAAGUUUAAUCGAAUAUACAUUGUGUUAAAUUUAUAUUGAAUAUUAGUUUCACUUGAAAUCUCAAAGUUUAGAUUUAAUUUCAUUCCUUUUGAUAUUUUCUUCCUGCUAAAUAGUUUCAGAUAGCUGUAUGUUAUUUUCCCUUGGAUUUUUUUUCAAUAAAUGAAAUUAUGUUAAAUACUCUGUUAGUGUUUUGGGGAAAUUUCUGCUGUCAAUAGCACUCAAGUUAGAAACAAAAAGAUUUUUAGAAGAGCAAUUAUGUUUGCAAUUUAAGAUGAAAAUGCCAUCAUUUCUCUCACUAUUGAAAAGCUUUUAUGGACUCAACACUGCAGUGAGCACAAUUAGCCCAUUAAGAUAUGUGUGGAUUUUUACAUCCUUUCUAAGGGAUCAUUUAUAAGAUUGUGUUAAACAAACAGGCGCUAAAAUCUUCCUGAAUUAAUGUGAUUUAAGAAUUAUAACUCAGUUUAGUAACUAUGGACUUCUGUAUGAUAUGUGAAAUAAUUGCGGUUUAAUGGUGCUAAUAUUAAUCAGGAAGAUAGUUUUAAUCACAUAUUUCAUGGGGACACUAGACUAAAUGUGAGUUUUCUGGGAGAAACAAAUAAUAUUGCUUGACAAGGAUUGAAUGAACCAAAGUAUAAAGGGAAUUCUAAGAAUUAACUUACUUAUAAUUGUUUCCCUACUGACAUUUUAGCUUUAUUUUAUCUUUAUUUUUGGUAUUAUGUAUCUAAAUAAACCUAAGAAAUUUUGGAAAUGCAGAUGCAGUUAACAUUAACAGACUCAUUAACAGUGUUCAAAAAUCAACCCCCCAACUGCUUUCUAACUGUGUGUUAAUUGCUGUUUAUUUUUCAUAUGCUAUUUUAGUUGAAUUAAGGAUCUUACCUAUAUUUGUAUUUCCGGUAGUCUUUAGUUGUCUACAUACUUGCUUCCCAAAUGAAACUGUAACCUCUUCCAUCACAAGGAUGUGUCAUUCACAUCUUCAGCAGUCUCUGUUGAACCUAGGUAUAUGGUAAGUCAUGGUUCUAUGGAGACUACUGACUUAAUGAUUAUUGAAAUAAUUUAUGAUUUAGAGCCAUAUUUAGACCAGAACUUAUUCAAUUAGCCUAGAAAUGAGCAGCAGCUUCAUCUUUCACUAAUAAAAUCAAUGUAAUUUCAUAGACAGAAGA